UCGUCGUUGUCAUCGUCGCCGUGCAGUCAGUCGACCAAGUGCUUUGUGCAAAUUAAGUCAAUAUUUAAACAAAUUAUUUAAAAAAAAAAGAAACAAUUUCCCUUCAGUUAAUUGUGCAUUAAUUUUGCAAAACCAAACAAGGGAUAUCAAUAUCGUGUGACUCUUGUGUGUGUGUGUGUGUGUGCCUAGUUAGCCAGCUCAUUUGAUCGAAGCCUGGUCAAGCUAUGAUGACCACAACAACAACUCAGCAUCAUCACAAUCAACAUCCAAUCAUGCCACCAGCCAUGCGUCCAGUCCAAGAGAGUCCUGUCUCCAGGCCCAGAGCCGUUUAUAGCAUCGAUCAGAUCUUGGGAAAUCAAACGAAACGAAGUGUAGACACGCCAAGUGAAGUUAUUAUUACACAUUCCCAUCAUGCCCAUCAUCAGAUACAUCAUUUGCACCAGCAGCAACAGCAACAGCAGCAGGCACAUCAGCAACAUCAACAGCAGCAGCAACAUCUAUUGCACCAGCAACAACAAUUGCAGGCAAAGCGAGAGGACUCACCAACGAAUACUGAGGAAGGCGGCCUGGAUGUUGAUAAUGAUGAUGACUUAUCCUCCAGUCUCAACAAUGGUCAUGAUCUCAAUGAUAUGGAGAGACCGCGCAAAGUUCGUAGAUCUCGCACAACAUUUACAACAUUUCAAUUGCAUCAAUUGGAGCGAGCCUUCGAGAAGACACAAUAUCCUGAUGUUUUCACAAGGGAGGAUCUGGCCAUGCGUUUGGAUUUGAGUGAAGCACGCGUUCAGGUCUGGUUCCAGAAUCGUCGAGCGAAAUGGCGAAAACGUGAGAAGUUUAUGAAUCAGGAUAAGGCCGGUUACCUGCUGCCCGACCAAGGCCUGCCCGAGUUUCCGUUGGGCAUUCCCCUGCCGCCCCAUGCGAUUCCAGGACAUCCGGCUGCUGGUCUGCCCACCGAAUUCUGGCCACCACACUUUGCCUUGCAUCAGCAUUUCAAUCCUGCUGGCCUGUUGCCCCAACAACUGAUGGCGCCCCACUACAAGUUGCCCAACUUUCAUACUCUCCUCUCCCAGUACAUGGGUCUGAGUAAUCUCAAUGGCAUCUUUGGUGCCGGAGCUGCGGCAGCAGCAGCUCAAGCAGCAGCCGCAGCAGGCGGCUACCCGCAGAAUCUCUCCCUGCACUCCAGUUCGUCGACAGCUCAGGUCAGUCCGCCGUGCAGUAACAGCAGUCCCAGGGAGAGUCCCAACACGCUUGUGCCUCAUCCGCAUCCAUCGACGCCCACAUCAUCGAGUGCUGCAGGCAUCACUCUGAUCUCCACCACAGCCCAAUCCCCCUGCAGUCCCCUGAUGGGCAGUGCAGCUGGCGGCAGCAGCAGCAAUGCCUCCACUCCCGUCUCCGUGGUGACCAAGAGUGAUGAUUGAAAAUCUGGGAAUAUCGAUUGAGAAUCAAAUUUGUGAUGAUAGGGUAGGGAUCCCAGGAUCGAUCUUUAUCUGUAUCUGUAUAAUAUGUGUGUAUAAACUUAAUAUAUGAUAUAAUUUACCUUAGCUUUAGCUUAUGGCCAAAACAAAAUUAGUCUUAUGCGAAUAUGAUUUAGUCUAAAGUCUAAAUGAAAUAUGUUUAGCAAGUGUCAAAAAUAA